UUUAUUGAAAGCAAUUAUUCGUGGUAAACGUGAAGUUAUAAUUCCCGGAACGCCUAAGAAGUAUAGUAAAAUCUACAUGGAAUGUUGGCAACAUGACCAACGUCCAACAAUUCAAAGUGUUUCUAAUGAUUUAAAUAAUAUUGUCUAUAAUGAUUUAUUCGAUAUUGAAGAAAGUUGUAUAGAAUCUAAUGACAAUAUAGAACAUAAACAAAAACCAACAAUAGAAUUGGAGGAUUCAAAUUCAACAGACGUAUUACAACAGCAUACUAAUUUAUAUAAAGAUAUUAAUGAAGAAUUAAAAUUAAUGUCUUCUAUUGUCACAACUCUUGAAAAAUCCUUAAAUGAAGAUAUUAAAUCUGAAUUAUUCGAAGAUCAUUACAUGCCGAUAUUACCCGCAAAACCAUCACAAAAACCAAGUAAACAAAUUGCGAAUAACAAUGAGCAGCAACAAUUUCUUUAUGAUUUAAAUAAGUUAUUUAUGGUUCAAUUUAAUAUCCAGGGGGUUUCAAAAGGUACUUCAAGUUCUAUAGUUUAUUGGAUAGAAAAAUAUAUAGAUGAAAAUGAUAAAAAUCCAAAUGAAAUCCUUCAAGCAGCUGAUGAUUUUUGCUUUACCGCCAAUGAUUCUUUAAAUAACCAAAGUCAUUUUUAUGAUUUAUUAAAAGAAAAUCAGUUUAUUGGUUUAAUUUCCCUUGGGUCUCUUUAUAGAUUAGGAAAAGGCAUUGCUGUAAAUCAACAAAAGGCCCUUCAAUUAUUUUUAAAGUCAGUUGCUAGGGGCUCCACUUUGGGAAAGUGCUAUGUUGGUGACUGUUAUUACUUUGGUCAUGGUGUUAUUGAAGACAAGAUUCAGUCAUUUUAUUG